AGCGCACAAUAAAGUUUAGUCAGUCUAAGCAGAUUGUUGUUGAUAAUGUCCAUGGUUGAAUUUAGAUCAAUUAGGGGCUGGCAGAUGUGCAGAAUCAUGGUUGACCCCAGGGCUUAAAGGAUACAAUCCAAUUUUCCUCAACAAAUGUAAUACCAUUAGGCUGGAUAAAAACAGACAACUCACAAGGGAGGAGUCUCUUAAAAACCAGGGAGAGGGAUGAGACAGAGCAGUUGCCCAUUGGAAAGAGACAAUACCCACAAGGUCUUGGAAACAGAGAAACCUAAAGACAGGAAAGUUGGUGAUACUCAAAAGCAGGUCAAACUUUUCAGAAAACAAGGGCCUGAGAGGAUAGAAAACAUGGGAAGAAAGGAAUAAACAACCUCACCUGACUGCUGCGAGGGAGAAAUUGAGUCUACUGUGGCCACAAAAGAGAACAGAGCUGACCAGACAAACAAAACCAGUGAGUGUUUGAGUUUGGAGAGUUAAAGCUUAUACAGAACUGCAGCACUGUUACAACUGCCCUGGACAAGAAACCUACUCAAAACUUUCUGCAUUGAACUCCAAAUCAACUCUGGCUAAAGAGACUGAGGAAGAACGAAAGACACAACAGAGGUGAAAAGUAUAAAAAACAAAUCUGGAGAUAAUUUGUCUGCCACUACAUUGACGCUGAUUGAUAACCAUCAUUGGGGCUAUGAGGAUCUUCAGUAAGAACCUUCGCCUUCAGGACGUCACCAUCAUGUACUUAACUGCCCUGGCAGCUCUAAUGGUCAUUUUGGUGGCUUCAUACCAGGCGCCCACCAAUGCUAUCGAAGUUUCCAGCCUGAAAUCAAAGCCUUCCAGCCCUCUGCCACCUCUCCCCAUGCCCUUCCGGGUGCCCCUUGACCCACGCGGGGAGCUCCAGCUGGCCUGGAACAUCAGCUACAGCGACCAGGAAGUUUACAUGGAGCUCAGGGUCAUGGAGCUCAGACACGGGGUGGUCCUGGGGAUGUCUGACCGCGGAGAGCUGACAAAUGCUGACCUGGUGGUGCUGUGGGACUCUGGAGCCAAUAGCUACUUUGGGGAUGCGUGGAGCGACAGCGCAGGUCACGUUUCACUGGACAGCCAGCAAGACUACGAGUUGAUCGAAGCCAAACAGAAACCUGAUGGAUUCCACCUGCUCUUCAAAAGACCAUUCAGCACCUGUGAUCCCAGAGACUACCUCAUAGAGGAGGGAACUGUGCACAUCAUCUAUGGAUUCUUGGAUCAACCACUUGCUUCACUUGAGCAGCUGAACCUGUCCCAGAUAAACACAGGAGUACAGAGAGUCCUGAUGCUGCGCCCCGAUAUGCCGUCACCCACCCUGCCUCCAGAUGUGCAGACGCUGGAUGUCAUUGCGCCAAAUGUCAUCAUACCAAACCAGGAGACCACGUACUGGUGCUUCAUACAGAAGCUGCCAGAAAACAUGCCCAAGAAUCACAUUGUUAUGUAUGAGUCAGUGAUAACUCUAGGUAACGAGGCCAUCGUGCAUCACAUAGAAGUGUUUGAAUGUUCACCGGACAUUCGCGAUGUUCCAGAGUACAGCGGCUCCUGUGAUGACAAGAUGAAACCGGGCAAGCUCAACUUCUGCCGCCAUGUGCUAGCCGCAUGGGCUAUGGGUGCUGAGGCUUUUUACUAUCCUCCCGAUGCAGGGCUGCCUAUGGGUGGACCAGGUUCCUCUAGGUUCCUUCGUCUGGAGGUCCAUUACCACAACCCUCUCCUUAUAUCUGGCCGUCGUGACUCAUCAGGGAUAAGGUUGCAUUACCCUAGUCUGAGGCGGUACGAUGCAGGGAUCAUGGAGCUGGGCCUUGUUUAUACUCCUGUCAUGGCUAUCCCACCCAAACAACACACCUUCUACCUCAAUGGAUAUUGCACCUCUAAGUGUACCCGGACUGCUUUGCCUCCAGGAGGAAUCUAUAUAUUUGCGUCCCAGCUGCACACCCUGGCGGGGCGUGGGGUCAGGACAGUUUUGGUGAGGGGAGGCAAAGAGCUGGAGGUGGUUCAGGAGGACCAGCACUUCAGCACCCACUACCAGACGAUUCGAGUUCUACGGAAAAUGGCCAAUGUUUUACCCGGCGACGUCCUCAUAACAAAGUGUACUUAUAACACAGAAGACAGGAGCAAGCCUACAGUGGGAGGUUUUGGCAUCAUGGAGGAAAUGUGUGUUAACUACAUUCACUACUACCCUCGAACUAAGCUGGAGCUGUGCAAGAGCCGUGACCCAGGAUACCUGCAGAAAUACUUCAACUUCAUUAACAGGUUCCACGGAAAUGACCACUGGUGUGGAGAGGUUAGUGUGACGGAGCAGUAUUCUCAGCUACAGUGGGACGCAUUCACUGGAGAAGUGCUGGACUCCCUUUAUAAUACAGCACCCAUCUCCAUGCACUGCAAUCAGUCGACUGCACGCCUCUUUCCUGGAGAGUGGGACAAACAGCCUAUACCAGUGGUUAACUCCAUCCUUGAAAAACCUCGCUACCCCUGUGAGGGAGGAGCACUUCCCACCAGCCGACCCUUCACCCCCCAGUCUGAGUGAGGGGGCAUCAGGGCACACUUCAGCCCAAAGAGACUACUCCUACUCCUACUAACUACUCCUUCAACAUUUAUUUUGUUGCAUUUUGUUCCCCAUGAUUGU